AUGCGGCGGGACCGGCGCUCGGAGCGCUGCGCGGAGCUGCGGACCGGGGGUUGCUGCCGGCGCUGUGCAGAGCUGGAGGCGCUGAGGUGGGACCGGGACCGGGACCUGGGACCUGGGACCGAGAGGUCGGCUCCGGGUCCUGCCCGUGCCUGCUGGGGCUUUGGGCGAAGCCGCUUCUUCCUCGGUGGGCGGGCUGGCUGGGGUCCCGCUGGGGCUCCGGGCAGAUCCUGCUGCGACGCCGGGGAACCGGGGCUGUGCCGGUGCUGUUCUUUCCAGGAGAACGGCGCUUCCCCGGAGCAGGCGCUGGAUCGCGGCUUGAACUGCCGAGGUUCGUGGCCCGCUGCUCCCGGCCCCGGGACGCUCCGAGCGCCAGCGCUCCCUCAGCGCCGCCGGCCCGCGGGGCGGCCUUGGCGGGCACGGAGCGGCGGCGGGAGCACGGCGGCCCCGGGGCGCGCUCCCGGCCCGGCCCCGCCGCGGCUCCUCCCGCCCGCGGCCCCUCGGGGAUGCGGAGCCCCCGAGCCCCCCGCACUCCCCGCGCACGGCCCCGCCCGCAGCCCCGGGGGCUCCCGCCCGCCGCCCCCGGAACGAGCGCGGCCGCAGCGCCGCGGGCCGCAGGAGCCGCUCCGGGCCGGGCGCUGGGGCCGAGCCCGGCGCUGCCGCUGCUGCUCCGACCGUGCCCGGGGCGGGAGUGGGGCCGUGCCGGGGCUCGGGCGGUGCCGCUGGCACAGCUGCCGCGACAGCCCGAGUGGGAAGGGACAUAAGAAGCGCACCAGGUGUGGAUGGCUCAUCUGGGGACUGCACCCACAGCCCGGGCAUUUUCAGCAAUCUCAGGCCCUGCCUGAGAUGAGAAUGCCCAGUGCCAGCGAGGGAAUUCCUGUGCCAGGGCAGCUCCUUCUUUUAUGCCAGUGCUGCUUCCCACAGCAGCCCCUGGAGUGCCCCAGAGCAGAGCUCCAUGGCCACACCUGCCCGUGGAAUAACACAGGGAGAAAGGAGCAGCACAAGCCCUGAGGGUUCCCGUGCUCCGUGGCCAGAGUUCUUCUGGAGAGUGCCAGGGCUGCUCCUGCCUGCAGAGGGGCCUUUGCUGCAGGUCAGUGUUGCCAGCCCAAAAUCAGGGUGGGGCUGAGGCCGGGGCUGCUGCUCUGCCCAGAGCUGCAGGGAGCCCUGGGGGACUCCUGCUCCUGCCAGGAACGUUCCUUGGUGCUCCCUCUGUGUCCCAGCUCCUGGCAGUGUGGGCAGGAGGGCCCAGGAGCCCCAGGAAGGGAAGCAGCCCCUGCUGUCCUUGGAUCUGCAGGGAGGAGCUGUGCCCCAGUGUCCCCCCAGGGCAGCAGUGUCCAAACACAUCCUGGGGAUGGGCACGGGCACAGCUGAGGGGCUGCCCGCAGCUCCCGGGCCAGGGGCUGCUCUCCACAGGCUCCUGGAGAUGCUGCAGCCCGGACAGAGCCCACGGACAUCCCAAAAACAGCCCAAGGAACAGCUGGAAUGCCUGGGAAUGUUGGCACGUUGGGUCUGCAGAGGAGCUCAGACAGCAAUUCCCAGUGCCACCUCCUGGAGCUCCCAGGCACCCCCAGAUAUGUCCCAGCCAGCCCCAUCCCUUCCCUUCCAGCCUGGGGAUAUUCUCUGUCAGCAGUCCUAAAGCCAAGGGAAUUCCCUCACAGAAACUGAAUCCCAAGCAAUGCCCUCAGAGAGGCCUUAAAAUAAAAGGCUGGAGUCAGACACGUUUGUUUGGAUGAGGUUUGGAGUUUUCCAUGGAGCCAGCUGGAAGGGCAGAAGGGAUGGGAAGCUGCUGCAGGGGGGUCCCACGGGAGGUGUGCUGAAGGCAGGGAUGUGCAGCCCUUUCCUGAGGGAAAGGAACUCCCAGGGCCCUGCUGAGGCUCUGGAAGGAGCUGAGCCCCUGCAGGCAGAGAUGUCCUCCCGUGGCACAGGGGCUGCCCCAGCACAGGGAGCGCGUCCGGCCAGCGCCUCCUCCUGCUGGAAAAUAUCCAUGGGAGCCUGAGCUCAGGGCUGGGAUCAGCUGAAUUCCAGGGAGCUCUGCCAGGGGACCCCAGGGACAGCAGUGGGGCUGGGGGAUGAGGGGGUUAAAGAGCACAUUCUGUGCAGUGUCAGCCUGUCCUUACCCCAUUCUGCUGAGCUCCCUUGGAAGCUCUGCUGGUUCCUGGCACAGCUGGUGUUCAAUGGUAACUCUGUACAGGAAUAUCCACACUCCAGGAGGCACUGGGAGCUCAUUCCACCCUCCCAGUCCAGCAGGCACUUCAGGGCCAGAGCUCUGAUUCAUCUGAAGCAGCAAAGCUGAACCCCAAAUCUGGGCCCCACCCUGGGAACAAUCUCUGUGCUGCCCUGCCAGCCAAAGGCCCUGGGCUGGAAAUGGCAGCAGCCACAGGGAUGGAAUUCCCUCAGUCCCAGCAGCCCCAAAGGGACAAUCCAGGCAGCUCCAUGUGCUCCCAGAGUGCCCAUUCUGUUCCCCACAGGGGCCCUGGUGAUGCCAAGGGAGUUUCUCCUGCCCUCUCCAGCCCCAGGCCUCUCCUCCCUUCCCUGCCAGCUGCUGCCAAGGAAGGAGGACACAGUGAGUCCUGAGGUGACCUCACAACAGUCACUCCCUCACCCUGAGAUCACCUGAGACCUUCUCCCCAAAUUCUCCCUGUCUGUCCUUCUGAUUGCCUCAUUUUUUACAAGAAAGCUUUCUUUCUCCACUCUGGAGAUCACCACAAGCUUUACUCCCCAAAUUUCCCCUGCCUGUUCACUACCUAUUUCCUCACUUCCACCUCAAUAUUUUCCCUCUUUACCCUGGGGAUGCUCUCAAUUUUUACCCCCCAGUCAUUUCCCUACCUGUCCAUAACCAAUUACCUCAGUUUACCCCAUGAAGUGCAUCCCCUCUGCUGCAGAUCACCUCAGGCUUUACCCCUGAAAUUUUCCCUACCUCUUCACUUCUGACUACCUCAUUUUUACCUCAAAAUAUUUUUUUUUCAACUUCACAGUAUCACAAGGUUGGAAGAGACCUUCAAGAUCAUCGAGUCCAAGCUGUUCCCUGCCCUCGACUGAACCAUGGCACUGAGUGCCACAUCCAAUCUUUUUUUAAACACAUCCAGGGAUGGUGACUCCACCACCUCCCCAGGCAGACAAUUCCAGUACUUUAUCACUCUUUCCAUGAAAAACUUUUUCCUCAUGUCCAACGUGUAUUUUCCUUGAUGCAGCUUGAGACUGUGUCCUCUGGUUCUGUCAGUGCUGCCUGGUGAGAGAGGUCAACCCCACCUGGCUACAGCCACCCCUCAGGAAGUUGUAGGGAGUGAUAAGGUCAUCUUGCUUUAACUGAACUAUUUUAACUUUCUACUGUGCAGAUUGCCUCAAGUUUUAUCCCCACAUUUACCCACCUGUAAUCCACAGCAAUUCCCUCAGUUUACCUCAGGAUGUUCCUGCUCUCUGCUAGAGAUAAUCUCACAUUGUACCCCCUCAAUUUUCCCUACCUGCCCAAUACUGAUUGCUUCCUUUUUACCUCAAAAUAUCCAUUGUUUUCUCUACAGAUGAACUCAGAUUUUACUACCAGAAUGUCGAUUUUGUCCCCUGUAUACUAACUAGAUUUUAAACCCAAAACCACACAGGUUCUGUCUCUGAUCCCCAAAAUGUUCACUCUGUCCCCUACAAACUGUCAGAUUUUUCCCAAAAACACUGUUCCUACAUAAUUACCUCAGGGUUUGCUCCCCAAAUUCUGCCUAAUGUUACCUACUGAUCACUUUAUUUCUACCUCAGUGUUCCUUCUCCACCCUACAGAAAUUCCCAUGUUAUACCCCCAAAAUUUCCCUGCCUACCCCCAGUGGCUGCCUCAGUUGAUGUCAGUGUUCACCCUCUCCCUGGAGAUUACCUCAAGUUUAACCCCCAAAAUAUUCCUUAACUGUCCACAACUUAUCACCUCAUUUUUACCUGAAAUAUUCAUUCUCAACCUUUAGAUUAUUUCAAGUUUUGCCCCCCCAAAUUCCCCUGUAUAUCCACUAUUGACUCCCUCAUUUCCCCUUCAAUAUUAUUGACUUUCUACCAUGUAGCUGUUGUCAAGAUUUACCCCCCAAAUUGUCCAUCUGUACUAAUUUUUACUUCAAAAUGAUCUCUCUACAGAUUAUUUCGUAUCAUUUUUACCCCAAAAUUUCCCCAUCUGCCCACAACUGAUUCCCUCAUGUCACCUCAGUAUGUUCAUGCACUGCUCUAGAGAUGAGCUCAGAUUUAGCCCCCAAAUUUUCCCUACAUGCCCACUACUCAUCACCCUGUUUUUCCCUCACAGUGUUCAUUCUCUACUCUUGAGAUUUGGACAAGUUUUGCCUCCAAGAAUUUCCUUCCUUGUCUACUACUGAGUACCUCAUUUUUACUCCAGAAUCUUCCUUCUGUCCCCUACAGAUGACAUUGAGUUUUACCCCCCAAAUUUUCCCUCUGCUACAAGACUGAUUAACUCUUUUCUACUCCAAAAAUUUUCACUCUCUCCCCUAAACAUCACCUCCCGUUUUCCCUCAAAAAUGCCCUCUCGCUCCCCUCAACAUCCCCUCAUAUUUUCCGACACCAACAGUUCUUGUGUCCCCUCUCAAUUGCCUCAGGUUUUCAGCCAAAAAUGUCACCUCUGUGCCCUCUAAGUUAUUCCAGGUUUAUCCAGUUAGGAGCUGCAAGGAAUUCAGGCAAAUGGCAGCAGGGAAGAGCUGUGAAUUCAAAGGAGAAAGAGAAGACCCAGCAAAGGGGAAAGGCUUCAGAAAACCUCUCUGCAAUGAAUAAUGAUUUCCAGUUCCCAGUGAGAAGAACACAACCUGACACCACUCAGGCCUGGCAGGCCCCUGCAGCCAGAGCUCAGCAGACACCCCCAGAGGCAAGGGCAGCACCUGAAAGAAAGAAGCAGAAAAAGGUGACUUCUUCUGUUCCCAAGUUAUUUCCAGUUCUGCAGCCCAACCCAGCCUUUGCUCUCCCUUGGAUUGGGUGGAUGGGGAGCGCUGGGCACGGGUGCUGCCAUCCCUGCAGGUGGCAGUGACACUUUCUGGGGCAGAGCAGCAUUGCCAAAGUUCCCUGCCUUCCCCUGCCUGAUCUGCUGUCCUGGUUCAGGGCAAAUUUGGGAGGAAAUGUCUGAGUAGGGUCCCUCUGGAAAGCAAACCCAAAAUGCCCUUCCUCAGCCAGUCCAGGAAAAGAAAUUCCUUGGAGAAAAGUGGAAAAAACCAAUUUAUUUAACAACAAAAUGCCCACAAGCAUAAAGAAUGAAUAAUAUGAAACAAUAAAACCUCUCACUGCUGCAAACAGA